AUGCGUGGUCCGCUUCUCGCGCCCCCUCCGCGCCUCGCCCUUGCAGACCACCCCGAUUCUCCCGCGUCCUCCUCCGCCCGUCUCCUCCUCGCGGCCGCUGACUUUGUCCACUCCUCCUCCAAGCUGCCUGCCCGCAUCUGGGGCGACAGCUCUGACGAGAGUGAAUCCCGUGCGCCGCGAAGUCCUCUGGCGACAGUAGGUAAUCGCCAGUCGCAGUCUUCUUCGCCUCCUGCGACAGAUCCACCGCAGCAGCACCAACAUCAACACCAACACCAACACCAAUAUCAACAUCAACAAUCACAACCACAACCACAACCACAACCACAACAACAGCAACUUCCUAGAAAAACUCCACCCUCCAUGGAACGCGAAGUCGGCCAGGUCUGCUCAAAUUGCGGUACGACCCGAACCCCGCUCUGGCGCCGCGCCCCCGAUGGAACGACAAUCUGCAAUGCCUGCGGGCUCUAUCUCAAAGCCCGCAACACCUCGCGGCCGACGAGUUUAAAGCGGCAGACGCAGCACGCUACAGCUUCAGAGGCAGACAUUGCUCGCGCUUUGGUGGCCGAUAAUUCGAUGCCGGGCACAUGUCCUGGCGAUGGCCACUGCAACGGCACCGGUGGUUCGAGAGCCUGCUCGGGCUGUCCUGCCUACAACAACCGAGUUGCGAAAUCUGUUCAGCUUGGCUCGGGGUCGCGUCUUCCAUCUCUACAACCGCAGUCUCAGGCUCAGUCUCCGCAGCAGCAGCAGCAAUCACUGCCGCAGCAGCAACAACAACAGCAGCAACAUCAACAUCAACAUCAGCAAUCACUGCACUCCCCUCGAUCUCCUACGUUGUUUAAUGAGCAGGAUCGGAGCCGAACGCCGUCGACUGAGUUUAUGCCGGUGAACGGGGAGGCAGCCGGCGGCGUCGUUGCCUGCCAGAACUGCUCGACCACUAUCACCCCUCUCUGGCGGCGGGACGAGACCGGAAAUACGAUUUGCAAUGCAUGCGGCCUUUACUACAAGCUGCACGGAGUCCAUCGGCCAGUCGCGAUGAAGAAAAGCGUAAUCAAGCGAAGGAAAAGGAUCGCGCCGCCGGUGACGCCGAACAUGCUUCCGCCGCUGAGACCGGCCCAGGUCACGACCGAGUCACCCGACGCGAAGCCAGAUUCGGACGACGAGCAGCACUACGAACAGCAGCAGCAUCAGCAGCAGCAGCAGCACCAACAUCAGCAUCAGCAUCAGCAGCAGCAGCAGCAGCAGCAGCAUCAGCAAGUGCAGCAUCAGAGAUCAGAGUACCAGCUACCUCAAAUCAGACUCGCAGAACACGGCCAAGCGCACCCCGAGCCUAUCUGGUCUUCGAUCAACAUACGACCACUCGGAGUGCCUACGUGGAGCAGUGCCGCAGGCUCGGCCUCGAACGGACCCCCACCGCCGCCGCCAUCGAUUGACUUUACAGGAGCUUUCCGGUCGACGUCUCCUUCGUCGGGAGCGAUUCCAAUAACACUACCGUCAAUGUCGGAUCGUUCUAAGGUACCCCCGCCAGCGUCGCAGGCUACGCUUGAUGCGCCUGUCGAGCCCGAGGAGAGCACGCGACUGCCUCCUAUCCAGUACGUCGACCAGCAGCACUCGCCAGCCCCGGAGCGACCUAUGUCUCCUGCGUCGGUGGCCUCGCGCAAGCGGAAGUCGUCUGAGGAAGCGAACGAUGCGUUGUCGCGCGUGAACAGCAUCAGCUCGAUUUUGAACCCGUCGUCAGCUGCAGUUGCUUCUACAGAUGACAGUCCGGAGCAGACGCGAGCAGCGUUGCGAGUGAAGAAGCAAAAAUUGGUGGAGGAAGUGGAGAGAUUGCGAAAGGCGUUAUCAGAGAGCGAGACGCUGCUUGCGGUGUACGACAAGGAGCUUUCUGAACUGCCUUAG